UCUCCAGUCUCAACGGGCGCCGCCCCCAGGUUCACACUCCCUGCGGUAUUUCACCACUGCCAUGUCCCGGCCAGGCCUCGGGGAGCCCCGGUUCACCGCUGUGGGCUACGUGGACGACACGCAGUUCAUGCGUUUCGACAGCGAUGCACAGAAUCCGAAGGCCGAGCCCUGCGAGCCAUGGGUGGUACAAAUGGGGCCCGAAUAUUGGGAGCAGGAGACGCGAAUAUUCAAGGAGCACACGCAGAAUUUCCGAACUUGCCUUCGGAACCUGCUCCACCAGUACAACCAGAGUCAGGACGGUUCCCACACUAUCCAAGACAUGCACGGGUGCUACGUGGGAUCAGAUGGUCAGUUCCUACACGGGUACUAUCAACAUGCCUAUGAUGGCCACGAUUACAUCACCCUGAACGAGGACCUGAGCUCCUGGACCGCAGCAGAUGCAGUGGCUCAGAUCACUCAACACAAGUGGGAGAAAGCUGCUGUGGCAGAGGAAUACAAGGCCUACCUGCAGGGCACAUGCGUGGAAACACUCCACAGAUUACUGGAGAACUGGGAGAAAACUCAGCAACCCUCAGACCCCCCAAAAACCCAUGUGACCCAUCACCCCAGACCUGAAGGUGAUGUCACCCUGAGAUGCUGGGCCCUGGGCUUCUACCCUGCUGACAUCACCCUGACCUGGCAGUUAGAAGGGGAGGAGCUGAUCCAAGAAAUGGAAUUCGUGGAGACCAGGCCUUCAGGGGAUGGAACCUUCCAGAAGUGGGCAGCUGUGGUGGUGCCUUCUGGGGAGGAGCAGAAAUACACAUGCCAUGUGCAACAUGAGGGACUGCCUGAGCCCCUCACCCUGAGAUGGAAGCCUCCUCCAUCCACUGACUCUAACAUGGCAAUUGUUGCUAUUCUGGUUGUCUUUGGAGCUGUGGCCAUCAUUGGAGCUGUGGUGGCUUUUGUGAUGAAGAAGAGGAGAGACCCAGGUGGAAAAGGAGGGAACUAUGCUCCAGCUCGAGGUAGGUGUGGAGAAAGAUUGUCUGAGACUCUUGGGCCAGAGUACAGUCAGCCCUUAAGAGCUCCUCCAGCCCCACCUGUUAGUUUCCUGAGUGUCUUGUUUCUUCCACUGCAGACAGCAACAGUGUCUAGAGCUCUGAAUUGUCUAUGGAGGCUUGAAAAGCCAUCCUUGCUGGUCCAGUAGGCACUAGGAGACAUCUACAUCCUGACAGCCCCAUGCUACCCUGAGCUGCAGCUCCAACUUCCACACUGAACAUAAGAAUCAGAAUGUGAACUUGAUUGUUCAAAUAUUUGACCUGAUGAGUUGAUUAGUGGGUAAAAUAAGGGACUGAGAAUACUCAGAGCACUGUGGGGAAAAUAAAUGGCAACAUGGACAACC